AUGAAGGCAGUGAAACCCGAAAGACAGGACGAGCCGGCCGGAAGAAGCGUUUUCGCACAACUCUCGAUGGUAAUCAUCUUUUUUUUUGUGAAUCAGAUCCUCGUUCUUACAGAACUAUGUAACUUCGAGAAGCACGCUCAACGAACUUGUCAAACCAGCGAAAGAGCAGAAAUCUGCUGAAACUGCUCAGGAUUCUGACUGGACUAUUGCCAAUUUAGACGCUCCGUUGGUCAAGAUGGCAGCACCGAAAUCUACUCCAGAAGCGAGGUCGGGAUCUUAUGAGAAGCCGGUCAAAGUUUCUCAUUCUGACGCUUGGAUUCCGGCUGAAUUUAUGCGUCGGGCGUGUAUCGAUCCGGUUACGGGUCUUCCUUAUUCACGAGAAGACUGUGAUGUGAGUUAUUUGACAAUUAUAUUUCCAGAAUUUCGAGAAUUCCUUUCAGAGGAACAUCGACAACCUGCUCAAGACGAGGAAAAAGAUUGAUUACUACGGACUCGUCGAAAAUGCGUGCCAGGUUGACGUCGUCGUCGACCCUCAAACUUUCUAUCUAACUUCGGCGUUUUCGUUGCUCAUGGUAAAGUAAACAUUGAUUUCCAUAUUCUUUAUUCUCUUUUCAGCUCGAAAAAGGGCGAAACGAGAAGAAAGUUAAGAACACUUCGGCUCCUGUGACUCAAAUCAACACGGCAAAAGGAUUCAACUUGGAGCAGGCAAAAGCGGUGGAUUCUCCUGUCGCUUUCCCCGGCGGUCUCGUCAUAAAGGUGACAGAUAUGAUCACGACUGCUAUGUGUGCCAACUGGACAAUGGUCCAUGAGACCAUAAAUAGUUGUUCCUCAUCUGCCAAGGAUUUCAAGGACGAGCUCACAAGGUAACUUAUUAUACUUCUCAGAAGUUGAAUGAGUAACCCUACUUUUACAGAAAUCCAAAUUUUCGCCAAAACCGGAUUGAGACUUUUGAGGACGAGAUCCAACUUUUCCACGACGACCGUGACUCUUACAUGCCCAAUUUUUAUAAUAUGUGA